GUUUAAAAUAGUGUCCUAUCUCAACUCAUGCGACUGUUUUCAAACGGCGACACUUACCGAUUCGCCCUCUACAAAAGCAAAAAGUGGUCCACAAUUCUAGACUCACAAUCGAUUUUCUCAUUAGUCUUCCAAUUCAACAAACUUAGGGCUUUUUCUCCUCCUGAAUUUUAUUACAAGCAGAAACAAUGGAGUUAACAAAGGAAUCCGAGAGUUUGCUCGACAAAAUCCGACCACCUCGUCUCGAAGACGCAGGCCUCGAAGAUUGUGCACUGCCACCCGAAUCAAUCAAAGAAGCAUUUCUUAAAGCCGCAACUGCCGUACGAUCCAUGAUUUCAGCAUCGGACGACGAAGACGAAUCCGAAGGGCAGUGUGUGCAGACUCCGUUCCCAAUCGAGGGUUCUAAGGAUGCUCUUAUAGGAAUAACUGAGGGUAUUGAGGAAAAUCCAGGGAAAUGCAUUACUGAGAAGGGCAGCGGCGGCGAAGUGCCGGAGGGGACGACUGAUGUGGUGGUUGUAGACGGUGCUAAGGAUGAGAACAGCAGAGAUUUGGUCGGUGAGCCAUCUCUGCCGGAAGGCGGUGAAUCGUGUGUGGAUGGGUUGCAGGGGUUGGAGAUUGGAGGCAAAGGCGGAAAGAAAAAGGAAGUGAAAGAGGAGGAGGAGGAGGAAGAGGAAGAGGAAGGAAGUGAGAAGCCGACUCUAGUUGAAGGUUAUGUUGUAUGAAUGUAUUAAUGAUUGUACGAGAUAACUCUAAUUUUGUGUAAAUUUCAAGAAUAAUUUAGUACUAGUAGUACUAUUAGAUAUUAUGUAUCUGAAGCUUAAAAUGAUGGAUUUAUGUAAUCAUUGCCCUUUUUUACUCUA